UUUAUACAUAAUUUUAAAAUACAUAAACAAUACAAUAUGUCUAGAUAUUUGUGAACAAUAAUCAUUUGUGUGGUACAGGGCUCGAAAUUAGCGAGAAAUACUCGCAAAAUGCGAGUACAUUUGAAAAAUAGUGAGUAAAAAUAAUGGACACUCGAAAAUCUUAGUGAGUGGUGAUUUACAAACUAUGAUCGUAUUGUAUCCGUUUUAUACAGUGAUGCGCUAUUCACUUUUCUUAAACUUGCACUCUGAAUCAUACAAACGCUUACAUGAACGACCGAUUUCAAUCACCGUUUCUAUCCAGAUUUUUCUUUUAUGAUUUUUUUAAGAAACUCGGAGUCAAAUAAAUGCUUUAGAGGUCGGACAUCGCAUAUCGACAUGUGCCACGAGUCCUGUUCACCUAUAGGGGUGAUUAAAUUGAAUUCCAAAUAUGAUGUUUUUGUUAUUCAUUUAUCUACAAAAAAUAUCGGAGUCUAUGUUUUACCAAGUCUUCUGGUAGUUAUUUUUAUCAGAAUCAUGAAAAUGUCCUAUCUAAAUUUAUUGUCAUAUUGAGGAAAUUGGAAGUCUGGAUCUAGACCUGCGGUAAACAAGAGGUACUGUGAGCAAUGCUCACUAAGAAUACCCCCCGCUUACCCCAAUCUCCCAAAGGGUGUAGGUAAUAGGUAAAACUUCAGUAUUAUAAUCCAAAAGGUAUCUAGGAACACAGCAUCUCCAUGCGAUGAAAAAAGCCAUUAAAGAAUUUAAAUGGAAACCAUAUUGCUACUUCGAUGUCCAGUGCACAUGACCUUUGACCUUUUGACCCCAAAAUUGAUAGGGAACAUCUUCAUCCCAUGGGUAGUCCAUAUGUAUGAUAUGGUGACUGUAGGUGGAAAGGAUAACGCUUUAGAGCCCGGAAACCAUAUUGCUACUUCGAUGUCCAGUGCACUUGACCUUUGACCUUUUGACCCCAAAAUCGAUAGGGAACAUCUUCAUCCCAUGGGUAGUCCAUAUAUAUGAUAUGGUGACUGUAGGUGGAAAGGAUAACGCUUUAGAGCCCGGAAACCAUAUUGCUACUUCGAUGUCCAGUGCGAUUGACCUUUGACCUUUUGACCCCAAAAUCGAUAGGGAACAUCUUCAUCCCAUGGGUAGUCCAUAUGUAUGAUAUGGUGACUGUAGGUGGAAAGGAUAACCCUUUAGAGCCCGGAAACCAUAUUACUACUUCGAUGUCCAGUGCACUUGACCUUUGGACCCCAAAAUUGAUAGGGAACAUCUUCAUCCCCUGGGUAGUCCAUAUGUAUGAUAUGGUGACUGUAGGUGGAAAGGAUAACGCUUUAGAGCCCGGAAACCAUAUUAUUACUUCGAUGUCCAGUGCACUUGACCUUUGACCUUUUGACCCCAAAAUCGAUAGGGAACAUCUUCAUUCCAUGGGUAGUCCAUAUAUAUGAUAUGGUGACGGUAGGUGGAAAGGAUAAUGCUUUAGAGUCCGGAAACCAUUGCGUCUACGGACGGACGGACAGACAGACGGACAACCCGAUUCCAGUAUACCCCCCCCCCCCCCAAAUUGUUGCGGGGGGGUAUAACAAGUUGUGGAUUAGACUGUAAGAGGUGCGAUAAUCAAGAGACCUAGACAUUGCACCAUAUGACUUACGUAACUUAGUGUGUUGUCCAAAUGCUGCCUGUUGACCCACUAGGCUCAAUAAUGAUGGGGAAAAUCAUUGAUUUAAAAAAAAUAUAUAAAAAAGAGCACUGCUUCAUUAUUUUUGUUUUAGCUUGUAGGUUUUCAUUUUAGCCUGUGGAUUUUUAACCCACAGGCUAAAAUUAGCCUGUGGUAGAAAAAGUUAAUUUCGACCCCUGUGGUAGUCCAUGAUAAUUGUCGGAGUUGUUUUAAAAAAAACACUACAUUACGCCACCCAGAAAAAUACCAAUCUUCUUAGGACACGCCUAUAAGUCGGACAUAGACUUUUGGACAAAAAUCCGACUUAUAGGCGAGUAUAUACAAGCUCAACAAAAUUUUUAUCUAUCUAACAAAUAAGGACAAAUUUACUUGGUUGAUGAUUAAUGAAGACAAACCAGUAAUUGUCAAAUUGAGUGAAUAUUUAGUGCAAUUAAACUUUCAGAAAAAGAAGUGAUGCUUUAAAACUGCAAAAAUCAUUAUAGUUUAUUAUUCAUAUGUUGGUAUAAUACUGAUACUGUCCAUUUACUUGUGUAUACACAUGAUUAGCAAUUCAUAUAUGUAUGUACUUGUUUCCCCAACAUGCUGCAUCCACAUGCAGUUUGCAGUCUAUGUAACCUGUAGUUAAUGUUGUAAACUUUCUUUCUUUUUUGAAUUUCCUUCUUUAUAAACUGUCUUACUGUUAUGCCCUCUGGGCCCAAAAUUGGAAUAAACUUAUCUUAUCUUAUCUAUUCAGUAUAUACACAUGUAUAUAUAAGUACGGAAUUGAAUUUCAAUAUAAAGAUCUAGCUUUAGAUCCAAAUGAAUGUGUUGAGGAAGAAUUUUAUGACUGGCAUGCAUUUUAAUACUAUCAAAUCUUGUAUAAACAAUUUCACAAACUCUCACUGUUAUUUUUUAAGAGUAUUUAUUCACUGUCCUGAAGGGCACAACAGGAGUGUUUGUUAUCAGAAGUCACAGGGAAAGGGAAGUUUUAUAGAAUUAAGAACACUUGAUACAAUUGAAACAAAACAAAUUGAGUUGAUAUAUAUUUUUUGGCUUAGUUUUGUUGUCAAAAUUCCUACAAACAUUUUUAGAGUCUUGUAAGUUUUGUAUGAUGUUCAAAAGUUGGGAUGCAUUACCCCUCCCUAUAUGACUCUAUGCAAAUUGUCCCCACUGAUUUAAAUUGGAUUUAAUUGAGAUACAUUCCAUAAUGUAAAUUGAAUUCAGCUUACUAAUAGAAACUUCAAAUCUAGUUUUCAUUUUUAUAAUUUUUGUAAAAUGUAUGUUUGUAGAAAGUGUCACUAAAUGUCUUAUUAAGAAAUGCAACUAUCUAUAAAGUUUCAUUAUAAGAAUUUUUUCAAAGUCCAAAAGUUGAUUAGUGAAUGAUGACAAAAGGAAAUACAGUGAUUAAAAAAAUCUUAUAAAAUCUUGCAUUUUACAAAUAAAAUUUCUGUAUCAAUGAAAAGCAAGGAAAGCUCUUACACAUCUCUAAUUUGGCCAUGUAUGCAUUAAAUAUAACUUUAAGGAAAUCAUUUAUUGUGGAUUGUGAUGACAUCUCUUAAUGUAACAGAACACUUGUCAUCAAGAAGCUUUUGAACACGCCCACAUACCCUAUGAUUGACAUGUGCACUUGAUCAAUGAAGACUCAACUCCUAACAAACCAGCUUUGUAACCAAUCAGAUCAGGAUCAGAUGAUUUCUAUCACUGCAAAUACUGUAUACACACUGAAGAGAACUCAGAUUAAUAUAAUAGCUCAAAGAUGUCAAAUCUCUUUGUCGGUGACAGAGAGAACCAACUGGCGUGAGCAAUGUGAUAAUACUGGCACUUAUACCAUUAUGAACAGUAGCAAUGACUCGGCUCACCCCGAGUAUGUCGGACGGAAUGAGAUUGAGAAUGCUUUUCUGGCCCUAGCACUAGGGGUCGUGAUGUUGCUUUCUAUAUUUGGAAAUGUGGCCGUGAUUAUUGCCAUCUUCAUGACUCGGACUCUGAGGGAGGAGUUGUCAAACCGUCUCAUCGUGAACCUUGCCAUCACCGACCUCUCCAACGGUCUGCUUGUCAUGUUCAGCAGUCUUUUUUCCAUCAUUGCCGACUCCUGGAACUUUGGAACAGGGUACUGCAAUUUGAUUUGUGCCAUUAACUACUGUCUAAUCAUCACGUCCAUGUUGACUCUGUGUUUUAUAAGUUGUGAUAGAUUCCAAGCCAUUGCCCAUCCCCUUCAUUACCUUGACAAAGUCAAACCCAAACAUAUCUAUAUGAUGAUCGCUUAUUCUUGGAUACAAGGCAUUAUUUUCUCAGUGGUUCCACCGGCGCUAAAUUGGGUGGAGUAUGACUACUGGGAGGCUAUCUGUGCCAUACAGUGGCACCGAGAACGACAGCAGGCCAUGUACUAUGUGGUGGUGGCCUUUAUUGUGUGUUUCUUUCUCCCCGGAUUCAUUCUUAUACUCAAUUACUAUCGAAUCAUCAAACAGGUAAAAACCAAGGUGUCUUCUCCUGCCACCACAAUCAGUGCCAAGUCUUACAGCACGAGUUCCAAGGCAAUUCGAAGCCUCCUCAUUGUUGUCAUUGCCUACUUUGUGUGCAUGACUCCCUUCAGUUUAACAAAAUUGAUGAAAGUCCUCAUCACACAAGAGACAUUGCUAAACAGUCAAAUUAACUCGGUAGCCAGUGUUGUUGCUUUCAUAUCUAGUGCUGUAAAUCCUCUCAUUUAUGGAAUAUUUCGUAAAGAUUUCAGACGUGCUUACAAGAGAAUAUUUGUUACCUUUAAACGUGGAAACAGACUGCAUAGCCUUCAAACAUCUUUACAAGACUAUUCUUCAUAAAUCAAAAACGAACUCCGACACUACAGACAAAAUAGCCUUCCAUAAUGUUUACCAUUUGGCUGGUGGCAUCGAAUGAUUAGUGUGAAAAAGUAAGCUGAUUAUUAAGUAAUUAGGGUAUGAUGUUUAACACUUGAUGAAUAUCAAAUGGAAAUUUAUAUGGGUUUAAGUGUAUCUUAUAAAUCAGUGAUCAGAUUUUCGACCAAAGCCAUCAUUACUAGUAUUUAUUUUAGUUAGCCCUUUUUCGACCCUAUGUAUAAAAACAAAAAAAAAUUAAAAUCUGUGUCCAUGGAUAAAAAAAAUUGCCUGUCAAGCAAAGGCAAAUAAAUCUCUAUACAACUGAAAAAAAGAUUUAAGUUUCCUACUUUGUUUUCUACUUUUAUAGAAUUUUCUCAUUUUACUGAAAUCAUUUUUAUUGAUCUGUCCAUUUUCAUUGCUGUAUGUAGGAGAUGAACCUUUAAUAUAAGAUGAACAGCAAUUCACUGGAGAUAGAUGUCAAGUAUCAAAAUCACCGGAGUAUUAUUAAAACUAUCAUCAGAGCAAUAUAUUUUGUUAUUUGUUCGAUGCAGUAUCAUUUAUAUCGUGGAAAUUUUACGUCUUCUUCAUACAUUUCAGGGUCAGCACUUGUGUACUUAUGCUUAAUCUUUCAAAAUAUGUUUUACAUUUUCACAUUAAUAAAAUGCAUCAAAAUAAAAA